AGGAUUAUCGAGGAGCCGAAGAACGAGUCAUGGAUCCGGUGGACCGAGGACGGCACGGCGUUCAAGUUCUCGUCCUCGGAGAAGCUGCUGGCGGCGUUGCAGGCGGCAGGUCUGCGCGCGCAAAACUACCAUUCGGUCGAGAAGAAUCUGAACGACUACCGCUUCAACCGGCUGACGGACCAGCGGCGCAAGAUCCCCGACACGGAUGGCAAGCUGUGGUGGAUGUUCUCGCACGCCAUGUUCCACCGGGACUACCCGGACCAGAUUGUCAAUAUCCAGCGCCGC